AUGAAGGAGGAAAUUGAAAGAAAUAACAAUAAAGUUGAAGGCAAAGACAGAGAAAUCAAGCAACUGCAGGAAAAGCUGAACCAACGUAAUGAAUUGGUCAUCGAGGAACUGAGAGCUCAGAAUGAAUUCUACAUACAGAUUAUUAAAGAGUUAACGAAGAACGUUUUAUCCAUAAAAGAGGAAAUGGGUAAACUCACUUCCAAUGCCUUAAAAAGCCAGGACUAUGAAGAGCAGCUGGAGAAACAAAAGAAGUCAAUUGAUCAAAAUGAUCAACAAAUAUCCGAACUGAAAAACGAAAUCAACAUUUGUGCCAAGAAACUAAAAACCGGCAAAGAGAAGCCCGUUAACAGUGAAUGCACCGUCUUUGCUGAUGCUCCGGGUAUUCAUACUCCGGAUAAAGAAGAUCCAUUCGAUGUACUUUGUGAUAGCGCGACAGCAGGUCCCGGCUGGACGGUUAUCCAGCAGCAAAUCAAUGGCAAAGAGGAUUUCUAUAGGGAUUGGGCCACAUACCGUGAAGGUUAUGGUAGCUUUGAUAAUGACUUCUUCUUAGGACUUGAGAAAAUUCAUCGCUUGACGAGCGCCCAGCCCCAUGAGCUCUACAUACAUAUGGAAGGAUUUGAUGAUGUCGUCCAAUACUAUAGUUAUAAACAAUUUGCUAUCGCUGGCGAGGACGAUCAAUACAGACUGAUCACAUUGAACAAAGGCAACGGCUACGGCAACGGCAACGGCAACGGCAACGAGAAGAGCCAUAGCAAUGGCUCAGCCAGCAGGAGCAGCGCAACCCGGUGA